AUGCCCUUGAGAUCCCUUCAGGUCUCUUGGGCAGGCCGUAUCUUCUCCUCUUGCCAUUCUGAGUGUGGUCCUCCAGGCCCACUAGGAGCCACCUCUUCCCAACAUCUGGGGCUCUUCUUCCAUCUUCUCUCCUGGCUGUCCUCCCUCUUCCCACAGGUCCAGAACAUUGUCAACGAGUACAAAGCCGCCACCUUGGCCAUUGCUCGCCGGGCCCAGCAGAUGAGUGAGGCUCUGUUGGUCCGGAUCACCGGGAAGCGGGUCUACAACGACCUGGAGUUUGAAGAGGACCAGAAAGACCACCGGGACCUGGUGCAAAAGAAGCUGGUCACCUUCCACGAAGACAGCAUUGCCAUCAUGCGGCAGACGUACGAGGUCUUCAAGAACGAUGGGUCAGAGGUUCAGCAGCAUUGGUUCAACUACACCGUCCGGAUGAAUCGGAUGAUGGAGGACGCCUUGCGGCUCAACGUGAAGUGGUCCCUGAUGGAGCUCUCCAGGGCCAUCAACGGCGACGGCAAAACCGGCCCCAACCCGCUCUUCAGGGUGAAGGUCAUCCUGCAGGACAAUUCCCCUGGGCAGACCCCCCAGUGGUCCACGGUCCACAAGUUGGUGACUGCUGAUCUACAGUAUAAAUACAGUGGAAACACAGAAGAAAGUUGGCUAGGACAUGUAAUCAAGGAAUACCAGGACCUCAAUGCAUUGUGGAAUGGCAACUAUACCACCAUUGAACUGCCCUGGUCGUAUUAUGGAUGCGGCCAUGCCAUCUACAACAAUGCUCUGUACUACCAACGGGUGGGACGCAACAUUGUUGUGAAGUACCACUUCGAGACGGGCAUCUCCAAAGUGCUCUUCAUUGAGAACUCUUGGUACUAUGAGCGCAUGUAUCUCUUCAGUACCUCCAAGUCCUACUUCAGCAUCGCAGCGGAGGAAAACGGUCUCUGGGUGAUGUAUCUUUCCCGGCCCGAUGAACACAUCAUGGUGGCAGAAGUCGAGGAGGAGACCUUUUCUGCGUUGCGGCACAUCAACACCACCUACCCGCAGUCCAAGGCGGGCAAUGCCUUUGUGGCUGGCGGGGUGCUCUACAUCACCGAUAAGAACCACAUGCACGUGGCUUUCGCUUUCGACCUCUUCCGCGAGAAGCCGUUGGAGGCCCGCUUCGAGCUGAAACUGUCCCUCUCUUCGGAAGGGUUCGAACAGAAAGUGUCUCCAGCCUCCAAUGGGACCUUGGUCCCGGUGUUGGCCAUGCUCUCCUACAACUGGUUGAAUAAGCAUCUACAUACCUGGGAACACGGGUUUCUGAUACAGUAUCCCGUCCACUUUCUCGUCUAG